GGCGACAAUACGCCAAUAGGUGUAGUCUGCUAUAAAACCCUAAAGAAGAACAAGACAACAGCAAAUUGUUGACGAGGACAGCUAGCGACGAACAGUUCAUAUCAUACAAAGAAACAGUAGCUUCCACAAUGGAUCGGGACAAAGCUAGCCCGUCCCCCUCCACCCUCCAGGAGUCCCCAGGUCGACCGCCUCACCGUACUUUACUACUGGUUCUGGUCGACUGCAGGAAAACACCUGGGCAGAGUGGAACUGAGAGACGAGAAGGAGAUGAGGAACAUGGAGAUAUGAUUUCAUUAAGGGACAUCGCUAAUCGUUGCUCUCUUAGAGGGAGGGGCUUAUCAUCUGGGGAGCCUCAACAACAUCAUGAUGCUGAGAAGAAAGAGAAGACUCUCUCCAGAUCAGAACACUUCAAGAAACACCGGCAUAGAGGUAUAGAGAAGAAACCUCACCACUGCUGCUCUGACUGUGGGAAGAGUUUUGCUAAGCAGGACUUGACUAUUCAUGAGCAAAUUCACACAGGAGAGAAACUAUACCACUGCUCUCAGUGUGGGAAGAGUUUCACUGCAUCUAAAACCUUAAAAUCUCAUCAGAGAAUUCAUACACGGGAGAGGCCUUACCCCUGCUUUGAUUGUAAAAAAUGCUUCAAACAAUCAGGAGCCCAGACUACACACAAACACACAGGAGAAAAGUCUUAUAGCUGUGAUCAGUGUGGGAAGAGUUUUACUCGAGAUUACACCCUGACUACACACCAGCGCAUACACAGAGGAGAGAAACCUUAUAGCUGUGAUCAGUGUGGGAAGAGCUUCAAUCAAUCAGGACACCUGACUAUACACCAGCGCAUACACACAGGAGAGAAGCCUUAUAGCUGUGAUCAGUGUGGGAAGAGUUUUACUCGAGAUUACACCCUGACUACACACCAGCGCAUACACACAGGAGAGAAGCCUUACAGCUGUGAUCAAUGUGGGAAGAGUUUUACUCGAGAUUACACCCUGACUACACACCAGCGCAUACACAGAGGAGAGAAACCUUAUAGCUGUGUUCAGUGUGGGAAGAGCUUCAAUCAAUCAGGACACCUGACUAUACACCAGCGCAUACACACAGGAGAGAAGCCUUAUAGCUGUGUUCAGUGUGGAAAGCGCUUCAAUCAUUCAGGAGACCUGACUAGACACCAACGCAUACACACAGGAGAGAAGCCUUAUCAUUGUGAUCAGUGUGGGAAGAGCUUCAAUCAAUCAGGAGACCUAACUUCACACCAGCGCAUACACAUAGGAGAGAAGCCUUAUAGCUGUGAUCAGUGUGGGAAGAGCUUUGCUCUAUCCGGUAACUUGACUAUGCACCAACGCAUACACACAGGACAGAAGCCUUAUAGCUGUGAUCAGUGUGGGAAGAGCUUUGCUCUAUCCGGUAACUUGACUAUACACCAACGCAUACACACAGGAGAGAAGCCUUAUAGCUGUGAUCAGUGUGGCAGGAGUUUCAAGAGGUCAGGACACCUGACUACACACCAACGCAUACACACAGGAGAGAAGCCUUAUAGCUGUGAUCAGUGUGGGAAGAGCUUUACUCAAGAUUCCACCCUGAUUAAACAUCAACGCAUACACACAGGAGAGAAGCCUUAUAGCUGUGAUCAGUGUGGGAAGAGCUUCAAUCAUUCAGGAUCCUUGAUUAAACAUCAACGCAUACACACAGGAGAGAAGCCUUAUAGCUGUGAUCAGUGUGGGAAGAGCUUCAAUCAAUCAGGACACCUGACUAUACACCAGCGCAUACACACAGGAGAGAAGCCUUAUAGCUGUGUUCAGUGUGGGAAGAGCUUCAAUCAUUCAGGAUCCCUGAUUAAACAUCAACGCAUACACACAGGAGAGAAGCCUUAUACCUGUGAUCAGUGUGGGAAAAGCUUCAAUCAAUCAGGACACCUGACUAUACACCAGCGCAUACACACAGGAGAAUAGCCUUAUAGCUGUCAUCAGUGUGGGAAGAGCUUCCAUCGUUCAGGAUACCUGACUACACACCAGCGCAUACACACAGGAGAGAAGCCUUAUAUCUGUGAGAAGAGUUUCAGGACAUGAGAACACCUAAAUAAACAGCAGUUCACACACACUGGAGAGAAACCUUACUCCUGUCUAUGUGGAAAGAGCUUUGCUCAUUCAGGGUCACUGAAAAAACACAAACAUGUUUUCUUUCAUCUCCCUCCUCUCCGGUUCCAGAUCUCUAAAUAAAGUUUAAUAGAAAACAUUUUGUAAAGAGUCAUCCAUUUCCCAUUAUCUAACUAAGUCAGAUUACCAUGGUAACCUGUGUAGCAUAAUAUGCAGCUCUGGAUCCAUAUGUAUCAAGCGUCUUGGAGUAGGAGUGCUGUGUGUGUUGGGGUGGGGGUGUUCAGAGCUGUAUCUUAUUUCAUUAAUUCAUAUUAUCCAUUAAAUAACUUCAUAAUGUAGAAUAAUGUUUCAACAAUACUAGGUGUGCAUUCAUGUGUUGGGGAAAUGUCUGAAGAGAUAAAUUGUACGUCUUGUCUCAUACAUUCAUUGGUUCCUGUAGGUGCUGGGUAGAGAUGUGAGGGGGAGACAGUCAUGACCCCCUCAGACCUUUUGGCAGAACGCUCAGAAUAUGUUUUAUAAGUUAAUAUAUGAGACGGUGCCAGUCACUUGCAGGAACCAAAAGUUAAUGAUUAAUUAAUGAAUCAUGUAAAUCAUUAAAAUAUAACUUCUCUGUGUAAGCAGUAUAUAAGAAAACUAACAGGACUGCCCCGAAAGAGCUCCCGACCGACAUGUACUAUGGUGCAUUAAGUUUGUUGGAACCUCUCCAGCUUGCUGAUAAUAAAUAAUUAUUCAUUAAAGUU